AUGCCUUGUUCACGGUACAAGACGCUAGAGUAUACCUACGCCCUCCAGCAAUAUCAAAAUGCACUUCAAGGCAUGAGGGCAGCGAUUGCGAAUGGGGAGCACGAUAUGAGAAAAGCCUUGAUUGCUUGCAUCUUAGUAUUUUGCUUUGAGUCACUGCAAGGAAGGCUAGGACUAGCAGUCAUGCAUGCACAGAGUGGCCUUAUGCUCCUCCAUCAAUGGAUCAAGGUUCAUUUGGUCCCGCAGGUCCUGCAUGUCCCUCCAUUUAUGAGUAAACAGUGGCGGCUCUAUGGCAUAGAUGAGGAUAUAUUGGAUGCAUUCUCGGCACUGGACCUGCACGUCCUAUUCUUCGUUGAUAAAAGAUCCACACUUGUGCGAAAGUGCCUUAUAACGGCAGGUAACACUCAUAUCCAAGAAAUGCCGCUCAAAUUCGACAGUCUCCAAGAGGCGAGAGUUUUCUGGCUACUAAUCAUGAGGCGGAAUUGCCACUUUGUCCGCCUAGCAGCUGGGGCCUCGAAACUCACAGAGCUCUGCGGCCCUAGGAAUGAGGAUUCCGAAAUGCCGUGGGACGCGGACGCAAGUACGAUACCAGGCGAGGGUCUGUUCGGUACUCCCUAUAGCCCAGACCCCACUUUACUAGGGGAUUACAAUCUCUAUCAAGAGGACAUUUGUCGCUGGAACCGAGCUUCCGCCUCGCUGUUUGAGUGCCUACAGCAGCGUGGAACAGUGAAGGAAAAGAUUAUAGUUGCUUUGCUGCAGAUACACAGUCUUACGAGUUGCAUUAUGCUCUCAGGCGUUUUUGUAGCCAAGGAAACGGACUAUGAUGCUUUCCUCCCUGAGUUUCGCACUAUGCUUUCGCUUGUUCAGUUUGUGCUCCCGCACUUGAUCGUGUCCGCUGAAUCGUCGGUGCUCUAUCAGUUUGAACUUGGAAUUGUGCCAUCUCUGUUUCUCUUGGGACUCAAAUGCCGGGAUCCUGUGACGAGGACAAUGGCUCUCGAUCUGAUGGUUAGUGCUACGUAUCGGGAAGGAAUCUGGGAUCUCGCUGCGGCCGGCCAUGUUGUAAGUUGGAUUGUACGGAUUGAGGAAGAGGGACGGGAUGGCAAUGCCUAUAUACCAGAGCAUAAGAGAGUAUUCUUAUCGGCUUGUCACCUUGACUUGCAUAAUCGCUGUGCAGUAUUAGCAGGUACUCAAAGGGGCCUGAACGGCCUCAUCUUUAAAAAGCAGCGAAUAGUUUUCUGA